GCCAUGGAAUGGUCAGAGGCGGCGGUGAAAGGAAAAAAUCCACCAAAGCGCGCCCGCCACGCCGCUGUGUACCUACCGGAGCAGCAGAAGAUGCUGGUCUUCGGGGGUGAUGGAGAACGCACGGGUUACCUCAACGAUCUCUGGAUCCUGGACACGAAGGACCAGAAGGCGCGAGAAGCAUGGAAGCAGGCCUCCAACGAGCACAAGGUUUGUUGA